GAGUUGGUUGGCUGGUAAGCGUUUAGUGCAGCGCGUACAAGAAGAAAUAAUUGUUUUCUUUUUUUUUUGUUUAAAUAAGUGUUAAAAUUAAAAUUUGAAAUAAAAUUUGAUGUGCCUUGUGAAGCGCAAAUUGGCUGCUUAUUAACUAAACAAAUUUUUAAAUUGUUAUCUACAGCUGAUAAUAAGUACACAACACAAAAAUUUUUGCAUAACAACAAAAACAGCGCGAUAAUACUCAUUUAGCUCGAAGACAGCACGAAGACAGCACGAAAAGAAAAAUCGCCGCUAAAAUGCCGACUGAAAGAGAACGCCUAGACGAGUAUAGUAAGUUUGCGGCGCACAAGCACAAAUAUGAGAUUGUUCCGUCGACCGAUAAGGCUCGACAGCAAACCCAACAUUAUCAACAUGAACAAGCCGUACUACAAUUACAACAACAUAAUCACCUUAAUAAUCAACAAGUGCAUCACCCACAUUCUCAACCACAUUACACGUCGCAACGUCGACUUUCACAUCUUUCAUCGAUCGCGUCGUAUCUGUCAGCGGUGCCGGAUGAGAAGGCGGCAAUUCGUGGUGUAUUUCAUCAGAUUCUCUCCACCGGCGCCGUUCUGCUACUCUCAGCCGCCUGUGGCAUGCCUAUCGGCUACUCGGCCGUUCUACUGCCACAAUUGUCGGAUGUGAAUUCGACCGCAGCGGAGAUUGCAAUAGACAUUGAAAUGGGCUCAUGGAUUGCAAGUGUCCAUAGUUUGGCCACUCCUGUGGGCGCGCUAAUCUCAGGACCCUUAGCUGAUUUUCUCGGACGCCGCUCCACAUUACUGCUAUCGAUUAUUCCCCUUUGUACAGGUUGGAUUACGCUCGCUUUGACUCAAUCCUUCUGGGUGAUUAUACUUGGGCGCCUUUUGUGUGGAUUUUCUACCGGAUUACUUGGUGGACCUGGACAGGUUUACAUUGCCGAAACAGCUGAGCCCAAUUUGCGUAGCAUUCUUAUUGGUGCACCCUACGUCUCCUACUCUCUAGGUGUGCUCAUUGUUUAUUCACUCGGCUCAGUGUUGCAUUGGCGUCACGUGGCAUGGUGUGCCAACAUACUCCCAAUCUUCGCUGCAAUCGCUAUAUUCUGUAUACCUGAAACACCUGCUUGGCUAGUGAGAAACAAUAAACUCGCAAUGGCGCAUCAGGCGCUUACUUUUCUGCGUGGCAGCGAGAUUGUCGCACAUAACGAGAUCAACGAUAUGAAUGAGAGACUGAAUAAGGAACGUGCCAACACAAAUACCAACGAGAACAUCUUUCAGCUGUGCACCGAACGCUGUGCCAUCAAACCGCUCGUCAUUGUCAUCACAUUCUCAAUGCUGCAAAUGCUAUCCGGUUCAUUUAUAGUUAUCUUCUAUGCGAUCGAUAUUAUUGCUGACUUUGGCGCCGAUGUUGAUACGAAAUCUGCUGCAAUUUGGACUGCAGUGGUGCGCACCUUCUGUUCAAUCAUCUUUUGCGUAGUUUUACUAUUCGUGCAACGUCGACGCAUUCUAACAAUCUCGAGUAUCGGCUCGGGUCUGAGCUGCUUGGUAUUGAGUGUGUAUAUGUAUAUGCACAUAGGGCUGGCGAAGACUGCCACAGAUGUGCUCGUAGCGGCAGCCUGUCUCUUCACCUACAUUGCCUGCAAUACGCCAUUGAUGGUAAUGCCGGGCAUAAUGAUCGGUGAACUCUUUCCUGCGCGCAUACGAGGACGUACGGCCGGUGGAGUUUUUGCCGCUAUGAACGUCAGCCUCUUCGGGUUGACAAAAGUAUUUCCACUCGUGCAAUCCAUUAUAAAAAUGCGUGGUGUUUUUAUGAUAUUUGCAAUCUCUAGCCUAGCGGUAACGAUUUUCAUGUGGUUGUUCCAGCCUGAAACCAAAGGUCGCUCACUGGAUCAAAUUGAGGAUUACUUCAAUGAGAACAACUGGUUGUGGUUUAAGCGAGAUAAGCGAUACAAGCAAGUGGCUUUGGACGAGAAAGCAGCGAAGGCUGCGAUGAAGGCUGGCGCGAUAAAAGCUUAGAGGGGAGGGUUAUAAGUAGACUAAUAAAAAAUAUACGUAAAUAUUUAGUAAUUGUUUAAAAGUAGUGAACUAGCAGUAGCUCAAUAGCGAGUAGUGAUAAAACGCAGCCAGCUGCAGUAUAUUCGCAAAAAAAGAGUUAUAGAUAUUUGCAGUGAACGAAAAACUUAAAAUAAACCUUACGAAUUUUUAAAUAUUUGUGGUAAAAUAGGUAUACAACAAGUUAUUCUUAAGCAAAAAAACAAAACCGACUUCAAUUCUCAUAUAAAAAUUCAAGACUACCGUUAAUUUCUUUGUGAUCGAAAUUAGUAUGGGACUACCUGUGAGGUAACACAGGUUAACGUGAUCCAAAGUUAUGUGGUAACAUACAUAAAAAAAACAAAAAUAUAUUCCGACGAAUUGAUGACCUACUCCUUUUUGAAGUCGGGUAAAAAAAGGCCGGGAACGUAAUGUACAUAUAUGUGUAUAUAAAAAACUGUAGUUUUAAAAAUAUUAUUUGCAUACUAAAGGGCUAAAUAUGAUUUCCGAAAAUGCAACAAACUGUGACAGCGAUCUGCAUUUAAAUUCUUUCUUCUGAAGUCUUAUUCAAAAAAUAAAAAAUAAAAUAAAUACUUAUUAUCUCAAAAAUAUUUAAGCUAUUUCUUAAGUCACUCAAUUACCUCGUAAAUAUUGCAUUCUGCGUCGUUCUAUUAGACGUUUUAGAGUUAGUAACAGAUUCAUAGGUUUUAAGAUUUUCUAAGUCUUCCUUAAUCGUAACUAUUUAGUUUUAAUAUUUUCUGUAUAUU